AAGGAGGUUCAGAGAUGAUGAACCUCAGUCCUGCACACUCAGGCAGCUCAAGAAGAGAAGGAGACGCACAGCAGCAGAGAUCCUUCAUAUUUGAGAAGAAUAAACCAACUGAAGACUGAGCCUUCAGUAGAUCCUCAAAAACUGAAAAGCUUUAAGAUGAAGACAAGUGUUGCCAUCCAGUGCAUCGUUCUCCUGGCCUGCAUGGCCUUUUGCACUUCACUAGUUAUUCCAAGGUGCCGGUGUUUGAAGACCAGUAAGUCAGUAUGGAUCGCUCUCAUCGCUCAACUCAAGGUGGAUGAGCCUCGUCCACACUGCAACAGGAGAGAAGUCAUUGUCACACUGAAGGAUGGGAGUGAACGGUGUCUCGAUCCUGAGUCUAAAUUCACCAAAACGCUGCUGGAAAAACUGAAUCAGAUGAAAAAAACAGUCGUCAGCCCCCAAACAACCACAGCAUAAACCACAGUGCCAGAAUCAUCAUGAUCCACUUUGUAUGUUUAGUGCUGGUACAAGAUGUGUGGAUCAAGAAGAAGGAGCAGCACAGCUCUAGUUCUCAUCACAAAAUAGAAAUGCAACUCAUCCUUCAGUUCUGAUUAAUAAGCAUAUGUAUAUAUAUUUUAUACAUAUAUUUAUUUACUUUUGUAAAGUAUGCUGAUGUAAGACUGAUGUAAUAAAACCAUGAUUAUUUAUAUCAGAGGUGAACUUCAUGUGUAUUUUUACAAGUUUUGUUUUCUUUUUGUAUUCUGAUAUGUACAACAGUGACUCCAAAGCCGACUCAAUAAACCUCUAAGUUGUUGAGUAAGUUA